AGUGCACUGGUGAAGUUUGGGUAAACAGUGACAGGGCAAAUCCUGGCUUGGCUACUUCCUACUCUGUCACCUCAGACCAUCUCUGAAUCUCCUGAGCCUCAGUUUCUUCUCUGGGCGGAGGGGACAUUUGACCACACCUUCCAUACUGAGCUUGCUGGAAGAAGCAAACAGUGAUGUGUAUAAAAAGUGCCUUAGCAUCUCCCAAUGGGGUGGCUGUGCUCUGGGCUCCUGUUCCCUGUGAGCUACCUAAUCCUGUUGCAGGUGACAGGCUCUGGGAGCAUGGAAGUGCUGCUUCAGCCCACCUGCUUCUCCGACUACAUCAGCAUCUCCACCUGUGAAUGGAAGAUGGCUAGCCCCAUCAACUGUAGUGCUGAGCUCCACCUGUCGUACAAACUGGACUUUGGAUCGUCUGAAGCCCUCAUGUGUGUCCCCAAGAACAGUGAAGGCACAGGGUGCGUGUGCAACAUGCUCACGGGUGAGGUGGUCGGAGGAGACACCUAUAUGCUGGAUCUGUGGGCCGGGCAGCAACUGCUGUGGACUGGCUCCUUCAAGCCCGUCGAGCACGUGAAACCCAGGGCCCCAGGAAACCUCACGGUUCACACCAAUGUCUCUGACAUGCUGCUGCUGACGUGGAGCAACCCGUACCCUUUUGGGAAUUUCCUGCACAGUGAACUGGCCUACAUGGUCAACGUUUCAAGCGAACACAACUCCUCAGAUUUCAGAAUCUAUAAUGUGACCUACAUGGAAACUGUCCUCCGCAUCACAGCCAGCACCCUAAAAUCUGAGGUAUCCUACAGGGCGCGGGUAAGGGCCUGGGCUGAGAGCUAUAACAGCACCUGGAGUGAGUGGAGCCCCAGCGUCAGAUGGCUUAACUCCUACAAGGAGCCCUUUGAGAAGCGCCUCCCACUCGGUGUCAGCAUCUCUUGUGUCGUCAUCCUGGCCAUCAGCCUAUCGUGCUACUUCAGCAUCAUCAAGAUUAAGAAAGAAUGGUGGGACCAGAUUCCCAACCCAGCACACAGCACCCUUAAGGCUAUUGUCAUCCAGGACUCUCAGGUGUUGCUGUGGGAGAGGCGGUCCCGUGGCCAGGAACCAGCCAAGUGCCCACACUGGAAGACUUGUCUUACCAAGCUCCUGCCCUGUUUGCUAGAACAUGGCAUGAAGAAGGAGGGGGAUUCCCCCAAGGCUGCCAGAAAUGGGCCUUCCCAGGGCCCUGAAAAAUCAGCCUGGCUCCCAGUGGAGGUCAGCAAGACAGUCCUCUGGCCAGAGAGCAUCUGUGUGGUGGGGUGUGUGGAAUUAUUUGAGGCCCCGGUGGAGAAUGAAGAGGAAGAAGUGGAGGAAGACAAAGGGAGCUUCUGCACAUCACCAGACAGCAGUGGGGACAGCUUCCAGGAUGGCAGGCUGGGCAUCAUGGCCCGGAUGACAGAGGACCUGCUCCUGGACCUGCUCGGGGGUGAGCAGGGGGGCUUCGGCCAGCAGGGCUUGGAGGAGUCAUGCCUUCCUCCACCUUUGGAAAGCAUGAACGCCGAGUUGCCCAAUGCAGAGCUCAAGGAGACAUCUUCCCAGGGCAAGGAGCAGCCUUUCAGCCUGGAGCCAAACCCUCCAGCCAGCCUGGCCCAGGGCCCAGCCUGCCUGGCUACCACAGAGAUGCCUGUUGUCAUUGCAGACAACCCUGCUUACCGCAGCUUCAGCAGCUCCCUGAGCCAAUCCCUUAGUUCUAGAGAGCUUGAUGCAGACCCACAACUGGCUGAGUGCUUGGAGGAAGGGGACUCUAGGAUUCCCUGUGCCCCCCAGCCCUCAGAGCAGCCCCCAAAUCUCCCACCUGAGCUGGAAUCCUGGGAGCAGAUCCUUCGCCAGAGCGUCCUUCAGCAUGGGGCGGCCACAGCGCACACCUCAGCCCUCAGCAGUGGCUAUCGGGAGUUUAUGCAAGUGGUGAAGCAGGGCAGCUCCCAGGACAGCCAGGUAGCGGGCUUGGGCCCCUCGGGAGAGGCUGGGUACAAGGCCUUCUCAAGUCUGCUCACCAGCAGUGCUAUGUCACCAGAGACAUCUGGACCUGGGGCCAGCAGUGAGCAAGGGGGCUACAAGCCCUUCCAGAACCUCAUUCCUGCCUGUCCUGGGGACCCUGCCCCAGCCCCCAUCCCCUUGUUCACCUUUGGACUGGACGUGGAGGCACCUGACAGCCCACAGAACUCACUCCUCCCCAGCAGCUCCCCAGAGCACCUCGGUCUAGAGCCAGGGCCAAAGGGCGAGGACAGGCAGAAACCCUUACCCCCCCUGGUGCAGGCCACAGACCCCCUCAGCAAUGACCUGGGAAGUGGCAUUGUCUACUCAGCCCUCACCUGCCAUCUGUGUGGCCACUUGAAGCAGUGUCACGGCCAGGAGGAGAGCAGCCGGGCAUCUGUGGUGGCCAGGCCCUGCUGUGGCUGCUGUUGUGGAGACCGGUCCUCACCCCCUCAGAGCCCCCAGAAGGCUCCAGACCCCUCUCCAGGUGGGGUUCCCCUGGAGGCCAGCCUCUCUCUGGCCUCCCUGGCACCCUUGGGCAUCUCAGAGGAGAGUAAGUCCUCACUGUCCUUCCAGCCUGCCCCCAGCAGUGCUCAAGGCUCAAGCCAGACCCCCAAAAUCAUGAACCUGGUCUCCACAGAACCCACCUGCAUGAGGGUUUCCUAGGUGCGUGCCCUCUCAUUGCUGAGGCGUACAGGGAAGGACCGGGGUUUCUCCUGGCCUAGGAAAUGCCUUCUGGAAAGCAGCCAGGCUCCCAGUUUUCCAAAAGACUUGAAGAACCUCAGUAUGAAGAUGUGGUGGCCUAACAUUGAAGCCACAAGGAUGGGACCCCUCCCCCGAACAUUGACCUGGCCCUGCCACGUCUUAUGGGAGUGGAGGUCACUGGACAGCUGUGCCCCAUAGCAGGCACCUACAGGGAUCAGGAGGUCGGUGGGCACCUCAGCUUAUGAAUGAGUUGUUGGAGAUUCCAUCCACAGCCUCUGCAGCAGACUGUCCCUGUCACAUCUGCCCAAGGCAUGUUUUGUUCACCAAAUCACCAUCGCCCACGUCUCUUACCAGCCUCCAUCUCACUGAACUGGAAGCUGACCCUAGAAACCAUCACAGCCACCCGGGGAAUGACGUGGACGUCCUUGGGAAGUUGAUGGGGAAAUUAAAGUCCAGUGGGGAUGGCCAUGUGCCCAGAAGUGUCCGUGCAUUCAACUCAGCCUUCUUGGGUUGGUGCUGGAGGCAGAAUCUGGGCUGUCCAGGGGUGUUAAGUCAAGUGGGUGCAAUAGAGAACAUGAAAACUUUCAAUGAUCAAAACAGCAGCAAUUUACCACUGUAAGGUUGGGGGCUUCUGUUGAGACUGGGAUGCCCAACUACCUAUGGCCAAUCUCAGUGGACACCAUCACGGGCAGCCACAGAGAAACCAUAAGGGGAUGGUUCAUAUCCUGUGGGCCAGCCAGAGCCAGGCAAUCCAGAAGGCGCUGUCAGGUACCACUGUCCCUGAAUGUUGGCCAGUGGGGUUGUGGGGAACGUGGGGACCUUGGGUUGAUCAAUACAGUUUGUGUGUGUCCUGAAGAUUGUUUUAAUAACGAUAUCUCUGUUUGCUGAGGAGGUUGUAACAGAGGGAAUGGAGUUUUGUAUAAAGGUUCUUUAUUUGUACAAUUUUUGUUUAUUAAACAAACAUAUUGCCAGGCACUGUGGUGAGUACUUUAU